CAGUCGGCUCGGAUCACGGAAGACGCCGCUAUCCCGGUUCUCCUCGGUGCGGCUUUUUCAACUUACGCAAACGGGCUUUUUUUUCGUAUCCUGCGUAACGUGACGAGGACGGGGGAGGAAACAUGCCACUGUCGUGACUGGAAAUCGCAAUAAAUUUAUUUUUUUAAAGGAAAAGGGCGAGAGGAGACGGAGGAAUAUGGCCCACGUAAGCAACGGUUCCCCGGCCGAGGAGGAGGACUGCUUUGAGGAUGCUUUCGACCGGAUCCCAGCCGCGUGUCAGAUGGACCUCCACACGGCCAUCCAGGAAACUCAGUGCGCCCUCAACCUGGUCCUCAACAACAAGUUCUCUGAAGCACUAGACCUGCUCAAGCCAUGGUGGAAGCACAGCAUGUACCACGCUCUGGGCUACAGCAGUAUCCUGGUGAUGCAGGCCACUAUGACGUUUGACCAGAGAGACAUUCAAGCGGCUAUGACCACCAUUAAAGAGGCUCUCAACACCUGCCAGAGAUUCAGAAAAAGAAAUUCAAUGGUGGGGUCCCUUUUAAGUAAACAGUCCAAUCUGCAGGAAGAGGAGAUGCACGCAGAGCUGUGCUACGCUGAGUGUCUGCUACAGAAAGCAACACUCACAUUUGUCCAGGAUGAAAACAUGAUCAGUUUCAUUAAAGGAGGGAUCAAGAUUCGAACAAGCUACCAGAUCUACAAAGAUUGUCAGAAUAUUUCCACCCAAGAUGUGAACGGCCAAUCAGACGCCUUCAGACAGUUUGACGGUGGGGUCAAACUCGGCGUGGGCUCCUUCAACCUGAUGCUGUCUCUUUUACCUCAAAGGAUUCUCCGGUUGCUUGAGUUUAUCGGCUUCUCUGGAAACAGGAGUUUUGGUUUGUCUCAGCUUAGAGAAGGAGCCUCCAACCAGAGUCUGCGCUCCAUCCUCUGUGCUCUGACCCUGCUCUUCUACAACACCUACGUCUCCCUCAUCCUCGGUACAGGUGAAGGGAACCUGGAGGAGGCCGAGGCACUGCUGGAGCCUUACAGACACAAGUAUCCGAAGGGCUCUAUAAUUCUGUUCUACUCGGCUCGAAUCUCCACACUCAGGGGACAGUUUGAAAAGGCUGUGUCUCGGUUUGAAGAGUGCAUCCGCAGUCAGAGUGAGUGGAGACAGAUUCAUCACUUGUGUUACUGGGAGCUCAUGUGGACUCACUCAUUUCAGCAGCACUGGGUCGAGGCCUAUCACUACGCCCAGCUCCUGUGCGCAGAGAGCCGCUGGUCCAAGGCGAUCUAUGUUUACCAAAAGGCAGCGAUCCUCAGCAUGAUGUCUGAAGAGGAGGUGAAGAAAACUGGAGAAAACAUUGUGGAACUUUUCAGGCAGGUGGAGGGUCUGAAGCAGAGGUUGGCCGGUAAAUCCAUCCCUACAGAGAAGUUUGCUGUGAGGAAGUCCAGACGAUACAAAGCCCAAUCUCCAGUGCCUCUGGUCCUGCCCGCUCUGGAGAUGAUGUAUGUGUGGAACGGCUUCACGAUCGUGGGGAAGAGGCCAGACUUCACCGAGGCUCUGCUGGUCACCAUAGAGAAGGCAGAGGAGCAGCUCAGGGAGGACCCCAACCCCUCAGAGUACCAUCCUGACGACAGCUGUCUGGUGCAGAUGCUGAAGGGUUUGUGUCUGAAACAUCUGGGCCGUCUGCUGCAGGCUGAGCUCUGCUUCACUCAGGUGCUCUCCAGUGAGCGUCGGAUCAGGUACGAUCACUACCUGGUGCCCUUCACUCUGUACGAGCUGGGACUCCUGUACAAACAGCAGGGAGACUUCUCCAAAGCCGUCUCCUACAUCGAGAACGCCAAGACAAAUUACAAGGAUUAUUCCAUGGAGUCAAGGCUUCACUUCCGGAUCCACGCCGCCCUCAACAGCCUCAAGGGGUCGCCAGUCAGCACUCCCUAACAAGUCUACUCCUAAAUAUGAAAUAUAUGUAAUCUAUACAUAUAUAUAUACACGUACGGCUCUUAUGAAAAUACUGAAAAUAUAAUAUACAGGUUAUGUCCACAAUAAUAACUACUACAAUAUGUUUAGGGCUGGAAUCACAGGGUCCCUCAAGAUCACGAUUUUGUUUAUUUUAUUUCACAAUAUUCUGUGAGAUCACUAUUUUUAAGAACACACAGGGAAAACAUGUCAUCUCCAGACUGUUUUAAGUACCACUAGGGGGCGGCGUACAUUUUAGAUAGUUUUAGAUUUAAAACCAGAUCAACUUUGAAUAAUUCUUUCUUUAAAAAUAUUUUCAUGCAUUUUGUCUAAUCUUGUGUUCACACUUGUACUGGUCUAAUACUGGUCUAGUCCUGGGUCUAGUCCUGGGUCUAGUCCUGGAUCUAGUCCUGGGUCUAGUUCUGGGUCUAGUCUGGGUCUAGUGCUGGUCUAGUCCUGGUCUAGUCCAGGGUCUAGUCCUGGAUCUAGUCCUGGGUCUAGUUCUGGGUCUAGUCUGGGUCUAGUGCUGGUUUAGUCCAGGGUCUAGUCCUGAAUCUAGUCCUGGGUCUAUUCCUGGGUCUAGUCCUGGGUCUAUUCCUGGGUCUAGUCCUGGGUCUAGUCCUGGUCUAGUCCUGGGUCUAGUCCUGAUCUAGUCUGUGUCUAGUCCUGAUCUAGUCUGUGUCUAGUCCUGAUCUAGUCUGUGUCUAGUCCUGAUCUAGUCUGUGUCUAGUCCUGAUCUAGUCUGUGUCUAGUCCUGGUCUAGUCUGUGUCUAGUCCUGAUCUAGUCUGUGUCUAGUCCUGAUCUAGUCUGUGUCUAGUCCUGAUCUAGUCUGUGUCUAGUCCUGAUCUAGUCUGUGUCUAGUCCUGAUCUAGUCUGUGUCUAGUCCUGAUCUAGUCUGUGUCUAGUCCUGAUCUAGUCUGUGUCUAGUCCUGAUCUAGUCUGUGUCUAGUCCUGAUCUAGUCUGUGUUUAGUCCUGAUCUAGUCUGUGUCUAGUCCUGAUCUAGUCUGUGUCUAGUCCUGAUCUAGUCUUGUGUUUAGUCCUGGUCUAGACCUGGAUUAGUUCCCCACUUAGUCCUAGUUUUUAUGUAGUUUGUGUGAACGCAACAUAUGCCAACUCAAGUCGCUGCAAGGGUCAAAAAUAUCGAAAAUCAGAUCUUAAACGAUACUAAAACUAGUAUCCAAAGUAGAUCCUCAUUUUUCGCAGAUAUUGAUACUAAACAAGUCCCAUUGCCAGGAGAGAAAUGAAGCUCUCCUGAAUGUCUUUAGAACGAUCUGGAGCUGCAUCAGAACAAGUAUAAGAGCACAUGGAAAAUGAGAGGGUUUUUUUAAUCGUCAUGGUAUCAGAAUCGGUAUUGAGUAUCGAGUCUGUUCCUUAGUAUCGAAAUGUCAGUAUCGUGACCGCACUAGCCCCUCGUCGUAGCAUAUUAUUGUGGACCAAACCAAGACUUAAUCACAAAACAACCUCAUGAAAACAGUUGAGGAUUCACCGGAUGACUCUAACUGAACUUUAUUUUCUGAAGUAAUUUAACAACAUUUAUGGCUCUUAUUUUUAUCCUAUUUAUUAUUUGUGUUCAUGUUAUUUUUAGCUUUAGCCCUUGGGCCUCCAUUAUAACAUUAAGCCAACCUAUCCUGACAGUUACAGAUGAAGGCAGAGAUAGUAAAAUAAUUUAUUAUUAUUAGUAUUAUUGACCAAAAUUUCUAAAUAUUAUAAAUAAACACUAUUUUUGAGGUAUAAUAUUUCUUAAAAGCACAGAAAAACUGCUAACAGUUAAUGGAUAAUUUUCUUACUUGAAGCAUUUUUUGUUUUUUUUGUUUUUUCAACACUUUUUUUUUUUUUUUUUUAAUUCACAUCUCGUUCGCCAGUAAAUUCGUAACUUGUGCGCAAUAUUAAAGGCGCAAUGUGUAACCUUUCCGCAAAUCAGCUGCUUGUCGCCGUGGAGAUACCAUUACUUUGCCUAGAACAUCCCACAGUAUAUUAAACUCAAGCAAACUGGUUGAGAAGAUCGGAGUUACAAGUCAGAUCUAUGCAAAGGCAAGCCCAAGCACAGUAAGAAAACGAAACGAAACAUAAAAGCGAUAUACGUUUAAUGCCAUACUGUGGAACAUUCCAGGCAAAGCAAUCAAAUCUGCGCAACCUCCAUCAGAAAAGUUACACAGUGCAUCUUUAACAGUACUUAAAGGUGCACUGUGUAACCUUUCUUUUAGAGGUUUUGCCAUCUGCUUGUUUCCAUGGAGAUGUCGUUGCAUAGCCUGGAAUGUUCCACAGUAUGGCCUCUGCACGGAUCUGACCUGUAACUUGGUGUGGCGGCGCUACUUUGUGUGGAUAAGUGGAGAUGGAUAAGUUUAGUGCCAUACUGUGGAAUAUUUCAAGCAAAGUAUUGUCAUGGCAACAAGCGUCUCCUUUACCGCUGUACUGACUUAGACUGCGUUCACACCUGUUCGUCUAGUCCUGGUCUAGUCCUGGUCUAGUCCCGGUCUAGUCCCGGUCUAGUCCCGGUCUAGUCCCGGUCUAGUCCUGGUUUAGUCCUGGUUUAGUCCUGGUCUAGUCCUGAUCUAGCCCUGGUUUAGCUCUGGUUUAGUCCUGGUCUAGUCCUGGUUCAGCCCUGGUCUAGUUCUGGCCUAGUUCUGGUUAGUCCUAGUUUAAUCCUGGACUAGCCGCGGUUUUAACAUGUGUGAACGCAGUUUAAAUCCAUUUCCAUUCAAAGCAUCAUGUUCUAAACAACAUAAAUGCACAGACACUUGGACCUUUAAUAGAUUCUAGUUGUUUUCCUGUAAAUAGCUGAACACAAUGACUGUUGCAACCAAUAAAUAGAUAAGAUUAGUAUAGAAAAGCAGGGAGUGCGUAGAGUUCACAUAUAUAGAUUUCCUUUUGGUUGCCUUGUUCCUUAAUAAUGCAUAAUAACAUUUCAGCAGCAAUACAAAAACACUUAGGCCUUUAGCUGUUUACCCGCGUCCGUGAUUGAUUGUGUAUUUUUAUUUUUGCCGUCUUCUGACCUCACAAAAAGCCUUUAUUUUUGUUUCAUGAAGCAGUUAUUUAAACGUAGGAAAAACCCGAUCCUCUCCUCCGCUCCUCUACUUCAUGAACCAGUGGUGGAAGUAAAAGUGACGAAGUAAAAGUAGUCAAAUACUGUGCUUGAAGGUGUAUUGUGUAACUUUUCUGGUGAGGUUUCCGUCACUUUCACUAAAACCAGCUCUGCUUUACGUUUAUUCAAGUACAUGUGGUUUUACAGCUCAGAAAUACCAAGAAAAACAGGUAUUCUGACUGUGAGCGGGGUCACCUCUCCACAGAUCUGACCUGUAACUUGGUUCGGUUUGGUCUCAGUGAACAUAGGAAGGUUUAAUGCCAUACUGUGGAACAUUCCAGACAAAGCGAUAACAUCAACAAAAGCAUUUGACGGAGCCUCCACCAGAAAAGUUACACGAUGCACCUAGGUCAGUCCGUAUGAAAUCAGACGUUUUCAAGGAAUCUUCCCUAUGAGCCAUCUCAGAUUUGGUUGAAAAAAAAAUCAAAAAAUUUCUAAAAUCACCAAAUGAAAGAAUCUCAAAUUUAAGCUCAAUCCCUUGAGUCGUUCCUGAGUUAUGGCCCAUUGAAAUUUUGGGGCCAUGCUCACUUUUUCUGAAACCUUAUUUUAUAAGAAUGUAUGAGAGACCAGAACUUCAUCAAAAAUAGAGCUCAGAAGCUGAAAAUGUGUAUUAUUGUAGAUUCUUGGUCAUAGAUUCUGAAUCUGUUGUCCAGUCUUGGGUAUCUUGAUUACGGGGAGCACUAUGGACCCCCAAAAUCUCACAUUGGUUGCCACUAAAUUUUUGAGGUCCAAGAUCUUUUUACUCCAAGCAGAUAUUUACAAACUAACUGUUGAACCUGAAUAUUUGAGAGAAUGACCAUUUCUGACAACAAUCUCACACUUUUCUGAGCUUUCAUGUGGAUGGUGUAGAGUCCCAAAUCUGGUCACAGAUCAAAUGUGAUCUUUUUGGCCCCUUCUGUGGACCCUUGGUUUCCCAUGUGGGCACAGUUAGAUGUUGAUCAAAUUUUUACCAGAGAAACUUUGGCAUAUUCUGAUUAGUUUAAAAUAAUAAAAACAUCUACUAUUAACUUCCUUCAUUUCAAACAGAAUUUUUGAAAAUGAGCUCUCAUGAGUUGUUUUUGGUGGAACUUAGGAACUUUUCCACCUGCAGAAAGGUUCAAUUACCUUUAAUAGACUUAAACACUAUUUGCUUGUUAUAAGGGAAGACAGUUGGAGAUUAUUUGUGGUGCAUUGUUUGUGAUGGUUUUGGUGGCACAGUAAAACACUCAGCUGCAAGGGACAAGUCUUCAGACAACUGACAGCAAUCAAAUAUUGACCACACUCCAGAUGUUUGAGUGGGUUUCACAAAACAUAAAGAAUGUAAAGUUUUUCUUCACAAACUAGAAAGACAUUACAAACCACAAACUUACUUCCAAACUAGACGAGCGCUAAAGCAAGGCCCGGCGCCCCCCUUCAUAAACUCAAGAGACUGACCUAAAAUCUGAGAUUCUUUCAUUUGAUGACUUUAGAAAUUUUUAGAAAUUUUUUUUCAGCCAAAUCUGAGAUGGCUCAUAGGGGAGGGCGGCUGAUUUCAUAUGGACUGACCCACCUUUUAAGUAAAAAUUGUAGGUAUCUGCACUUUAUCUGCUGUAAAAUGAACUUAAGUAUUUUUUUACUUUUACUUCACUACGUGUGAGAGCAGGUAUCUUCACUUUCUGCUCCACUACAUUUUCGUACAGGACUGCAAAGGAAAAGUAUUUUUUAUUAUAGUUCGAGACAUGCGGAAAAGUCUGAGGGUUUAUGUUUAAGUCGAAACAGAAAUAAACAAAUAAAAUCUGCAAAAGUCUGUACAGAUUACUACAUUUGAAGCUUUAUUAGACCUCAAAAUACUUUUACUCUUUACUCUUUAAGUACAUUUUUAAACAGAUACUUUAAUACUUUUACUUGAGUGGAUUUUUUCUUGUGAUACUUUUACUUUUAUAGUAUUUUUUUGCUCCAUUACUUAAGAAAAUGGAGUACUCCUUCCACCACUGGCUCCUCUGCUCCUCUUCAUCCAGACGCUGUCUCUUUGGUCUUCCUCUAGGCCUUCCUCCCUUAUAUUCACUCUUCCUUCCUCCAGUUUACAUUUAGCUUUAUUUACUAAUAACUUUUAGCUUUUCAAAUCAGUGAUGGACUCGUGAACAGUCAAAAAAUGAAAAAAAAAAACGCGACUUGGAAGCAACAAAAAAGACAAAAAGACAAUCACCAAAAUGUGCUUUUAAAUAUGAAACAAUACUGCCCGCGUUUUAGUCAAGAAAUAAACGAGAAAUAAACAGAGCUACCUAUUUUAGGCCUAUAUUACGCUGUUUUCUGAUAUGUUCUAAUGUUGUUUCCUCAUCACAAACAGACCUGGAGUUGUGUUUUGUAGGAAUAGGAAAAUAGGAAGUGAGCAUGGUCGAGACUCUGGAUUCAGUUCAGUUUGUAUUGAAAAAAUCUUGCCUCUUUUUCUAUAAUUGCUGGUGUCAGACUCGUCAUUUUGGUCUUAAAAUGUUCAUAUUAACCUGCUCUACAUGAUUCAGCCUCAAUGAGCUUCAUUUGACUGGAGCUGGACACUGUGGGUGACAAAUCCCUGUAUGAUUUGUUCAUUCGUUUUUUAAUAUAAAACCAAAAAUAAGAAAAUGAAAAAACAACUAUUUUCUUCAUUAUUUGUCUCCAAAACCAAAAUGAAAAAAUGGAUAAUGAUUCGUUUUUUCAGUUUUCCAUUUUGUGUUUAAAUGAAAAAUGGAAAAAAACGAUAACGGCCGUUUCCCGUUUCCGUGACUUAAACUGCGAUGCCGAACUUUUGUGCCGCGUACGGACUGAACCAGGACUGAAUCAGGACUAAACUAGGACUAAUAAUAAUAAUAAUAAUAAUAAUAAUGCAUCAGUUUUAUAUAGCACUUUUUUGGACACUCAGACGCUUCACAGAGCAUUAUUCAUUCACUCCAGACCCGGACUAAACCGUUUUCAGUUCUGGUCUGGUCUCAGUCCUGGUCUCAGUCCUGGUCUCAGUCCCGGUCUCAGUCCUGGUCUCAGUCCUGGUCUCAGUCCCGGUCUCAGUCCCGGUCUCAGUCCCGGUCUCAGUCCCGGUCUCAGUCCCGGUCUCAGUCCUGGUCUCAUUCCUGGACCUGGUUUAGUCCUGGUUCAGUCCUGGUUCAGUCCGUAUGCGGCACAAAAGUU